UUUCAACGUAACCGCCUCCGACACUUGUGUUGAAACGAGCGGUGAGCCAAAUCGAGCGCGUCCUAUGUUUAUACUGUUGUCAAACUGUAGGAGGAAGCGCAGUCCCAGGCGUGGCAGAAUCAUUUCCGCCUUCUACAGCACAGAAAUGACAGCCACCUUGCGGCCCUACCUGAACGCUGUGAGGGCCACCCUGCAGGCGGCCCUCUGCCUGGAGAACUUCUCCUCCCAGGUGGUGGAGCGGCACAACAAGCCCGAGGUGGAGGUUAGAAGUAGCAAGGAGCUUCUGCUCCAGCCGGUGAUGAUCAGUCGCAACGAAAAGGAGAAGGUCCUCAUUGAGGGCUCCAUCAACUCCGUGAGAGUCAGCAUCGCGGUCAAGCAGGCGGAUGAGAUCGAGAAGAUCCUCUGCCACAAGUUCAUGCGCUUCAUGAUGAUGAGAGCGGAGAACUUCUUCAUCCUGAGAAGGAAGUCAGUGGAGGGAUAUGACAUCAGCUUCCUCAUCACCAACUUCCACACGGAGCAGAUGUACAAGCACAAGCUGGUGGACUUUGUCAUCAACUUCAUGGAGGAGAUCGACAAGGAGAUCAGCGAGAUGAAGCUGUCCGUUAACGCCAGGGCCCGAGUCGUCGCAGAAGAGUUCCUCAGAAACUUCUGAAGCUGUCCUUCCACGGCUCUGGUUAAAAUCAAAGGGAUUCCAUGCCAUGGCCCUGCAGAACAAGAGGAACCACCAUCACAGCACCAUCAUCCAGUCUUGCAGUGCGGCGCUUUGAAUCUCGUCUCCAGCAUCCACCUGUCCACCAUGAGUAUCAACCCCUGUAGAUAACCAACAUGUUGAGCAGGUUGCAUUGCAGUUCUGCAACUGUAGAACAAAUCCCCACUCCGAGGCGGGUCCUUAAAAGUGUUAGAUUGGUUGAUAUCCCUGGAAACAGGGGGUGCUGAGAAUAAUGUGGUCCCAAAUUACAACCUCAAAUCUUUUGUAUUGACGGUUUAAUGUACCUUUCUACGGUCUCAUUUGUCCCAAUAUUUCUUUAAUUUUCUUUUUUUUAAUUUGUCUC